GUCCCAAGUUGAGUCCGGUCACUGAGCUGCUGCAUCGUGGAGGCAGAAGAGGAGAGAGGCUCAGGACAAUCUGCUGAGAGAGACCAAACCCCGUCAUCCCUUCUUCCUUUAAACAUUAAGAGAGAACGUGUGGGGAACUUCUCAGAGGAGACUGGUGGCAGUGCAUGACGGUGGGACACAGGACCUGUUCCUCUGACUGAUUGGAUGAGAGAAGAAGAGGUUACCACUCAUCUGAUGCUGUGCAGGAAUGAUGUGAAGGAAAGAGUGAUCACCUCUGACUUUAUUCUUUCACAUUCACAGUCAGUACAUCCACAGCUUUUACAGCACAUCACUAUAGUCUAAUUUCAUUUAUCUGCUGCUGAUCACUUUUUAAUCCAAUUUACAUUCAUCUGAAGUCUAUUAUGGAAAGAAGGUGUCUCCUGACUUGUGAUCAGUUUUAAAGUUAAAAACAACGACAACAACAUAGAUUCUCUGGUGUAAUUUGCUAAAAGUGAGAGUUGGACAUGGCCAUCAACACGGACACAGACUUCCUGAAGUCCAGCCUGGGUGAAGGAGGAGGAGGAGGAGGAGGAGGAGGAGGAGGAGGAGGAGGAGGAGGUGGAGGUGGCGCACAGUUGGCAGACUCUCAGGAGACGGAGAAGCUGCUGGCAGUGACCACCGAGCCCGGAGGCAACGGCGUAAAGAUGUCCACCUCCUUCACGGUCAACGUGGGCGGAGACAAGGGCCUGGAGGCCGACCAGAACGGCCACGGAGUCGGGGUGAGGUCGGGCUCCGUGGGGCAGCUGACCGCCGCCGCCCCGCUCUCCCCGUCCAAGGCCAGCCUGAGCCGCUCCUCCACCGGGAACGCCACCGUGCAGGAGACCCCGAAGCCCAAGGAUUACCUGCUCCUGGUCAUCUUCUCCUGCUUCUGCCCCGUGUGGCCCGUCAGCAUCGUGGCUCUGGUCUACUCCAUCAUGUCCAGAAACAGUCUCCAGUCGGGCGACAUGGACGGGGCCAGGAGGCUGGGUCGACUGGCUCGUCUGCUUAGCAUCGUCUCCAUCGUCCUGGGCGUGGUCAUCGUCAUAGUCUACGUCUCCGUUGCAGCGACCCACUGACAUGGAGAAUCUGAGGGGGAGAGGAACCCGUAAAACCGUGAAAACCAAACCACAGAUGCGACAAAAAAAAUUAAUACAAUUCAUAACAUUAUGCUACAAUAUUAUUACAUCAAGACCAACCUCAGAAAGCAAAACAAAACAAAACAGACGAGAGUAGGUAUUGCAACAAGUAAACAAAUUUAAAAAAAACAAUCACUCAGAGAUGCAUGCUUUAGAAUCCAGUAACAUUUGCUUGACAAAAAUAACCUAAAGCCUGAUGUUAAAAAAGUUCAGGUUAAAAGAGAGAGGGGGAGAAAAUGCAGAUGUAAUUGUGGUUAGGAGAAUAAAGGUUUUUGGAAUAAUGGACUUCUUGAAAUGAAGCAGAUGAUCCGCGUAUGAGGGGAGAGUGAGCGAAGACUUUUUCUACGUGCUGGAUGGGGCUCCUUUGGAAAACUGACUCUGGGUUUGGACUUCAGAUUUUGGACAGCUGCAUUUAUCCUCAUAUAUUCCUUACUGAACCUCUUGCAUUCAAAGCAUAUAAAGCUACAAAUAUUUGAAAUAUGGGUAUAUGAACAUAUAUAUAUAUAUAUAUAUAUAUAAAUGUAAAUUUUAUAAAAAUGUUUGUAUGCCAAGUGGUGCUGGGUUUAAGACUGUCACAACGGCUGCUACGUUGGUGCUUGGAUUAUCAGUGGAAACUCAAGGGUUUGAUUAAAUAAAGGGGAGAGGGAACACGUCUUUUUUUUAAUUUUUAUUAUUUUUCUUUUUUAAAUUAAAACAAAUGAGACCAACUGCAUGCCUGAAUGUAGAUAACCAAUCUUCUGCCUUCGUUUUGACUGUUGUUAGUCAUCUCCGUCAUUAGGAAGGAGUCAGGGAGGCUGACAGGUUUGCACAUGGAGGAGUGAUUUGUGUACAUUGUGAGUCCAGCCACUGUAGAAUGUGUAAUCGAACCCUCUGAACUUCUCCCCGCUGUCGUCAACAUUUCCCGAACCUUGCCUCGCUCCGGCAGAGACAGAAACGCAUGCCAAACCUCGCGCCAUCUUUGAAUUCUUUCUUUUUCUGUCUCACCCUGUCAUUCUUCACCUUCAAAUCUAAGUGGCUGCUUUAGUUCCGUCUCUUUUCCUUCAUCUUUUUACUUUUUUUAACUCUUUUACUGCCUUCCCACACACAUCGCUCCCAAUUCCCAUUCUUACAUUGUUAUACAUUGACUGGUAAAUACCAAUGUUUCACUGAAUGUGUUUUUCUCCUCUCCUUGUAUUGGUAUGAAAUGUAUUUAUAUGGGAAAAUAUUUAUGCAAUAUGUACGCAUGCUACGGGCCGAACCAGCUCACACAUUUAUUUUUUGUAAAUGAGCAGGUCUGAGUUUGACCAAGUAACAAAAAGCAUUUAAAGCACGACAGAUCGCCUGUAAUCGUCAAUUUUAUCGGAGACGUUUCUGUGGACACAAAGACUCAUUACAGGCUUAUGCUGUAAGCACAGGUAAUGUCACUGUAUAAGAUCACUUAGCGUCAGUUAAAGCCACCGCGUUUCUUUGUGCAUUAAUCCUUGUUUUUUUUCUUACAUGUGUAAAAUCUAAAUCAGGAAUCAUUUGGACUAAGUCCCUUUAAUGUCACGUGAUGACCAUGUGUUGAGUUCCAGUUGUUCUUCGUUUAAGGGCUCGUACAAGUGACACAAGAGAAACACCAGCUAAUUAAGGACGGAUGGGAAAUUUAAUUUGUCAGACUAUGCAGCUAAAGUGAUUCUUAAUCUAAACAUCAUCAACGUUAAAGCUGAACAACGCCAAAAUGUCAAGUAUUAACUCAAUAUAGCACAAUGUUUUGUGCAAAAUGGGUUUAUAUCAAAUGUCCAUUCCAAUUCAUAGUUGUACAUAAAAAAAAUGACAUUCUGUAUGCAAACAUCUGAAAGCAGCAAAAUCCAAAGAUUCCUCAUGUUUACGACAAAACGCAAGAAAAAAACGUCACAUUACAUUGCUACCAAAUGACGUCUCUGUCAUCACUGGAGAUCACGCCACGUGCGGUAGUGUCAACAUUCAAAUUCUCCAUCUGUGAAACUGGUGGUCAGGAGUCAACUGUCUGUAGCCUAUAAGCUCUGCUCUGUCAGUAAAACAGUUAUAACAUACAUUUCAUUUUGUAUAUGACUGUGUUUCUUUUGCAGUAUAAUGUAUGUGCCAGCUUUCAUCUCUGUAGUGUACAUUUUGCAUGUCUGGAAUAAAUGUUACCAUGCAUGGUC